AGAGAGAGAGAGAGAGAGAGAGAGAGAGAGCUACAGGAUAUUUUGUCACUAUGGUUACUGGCAGCAGAUAGUGAUUUCUGUAUGUCAUGCUGCUCUCAGUCAGGGCAGCGCGAUUGUAGUACCACCAGGACAGGACCUUAAAACUAAGAUAAACUUUUUUAUAUAAGAAGCAUCAAGUCUUCGGGAUCAAUGUGACUCCACUAUAUACCAAGAAAAACGUAUUCCAUCAUUGUGUUACUGGUUCCUAAAAUACCGAGAUGGGUUCUACCACUGUGCCCUCAACCUUGACCUCCUCGUCCACCAGCAAUGGCUCAAGUUUGACACCUACCUGUGACACCCUGUAUGCUCACCGAGAAUAUGCAAGGGUCCUCAUGCCUCUUGUCUACUCCAUUGUGUUCUUUGUGGGACUGUUCGGUAACUGCCUCGCACUCCACGUCAUCCGUCCCAAUCUGAAGAAGAUCAACUCCACCACCCUGUACUCUCUCAACCUGGUAAUUUCUGACAUCCUGUUUGCACUGUCUCUACCUGUGAGGAUUGCCUACUAUGCGAUGGGCUUCCACUGGCCUCUUGGUGAUGUGAUGUGCAAGAUCUCAGGCCUCAUCUUCUAUAUCAACACCUAUGCGGGGGUUAAUUUCAUGACCUGCCUCAGCAUAGACCGUUUCAUUGCUGUGGUCCUGCCGCUUCCCUUCGCCCGAUUCAGGAAGGUCAGCAACGUGCGUUAUAUAUGUAUUGCUGUAUGGCUAUUAGUCCUGGCACAGACCCUUCCUCUGCUGGGCAUGCCUUUGACCAACACUGAGUCUGAUGGCUACAUCACCUGUAUGGAAUACCCAAACUUUGACAAAGUUGAAAACAUUGCUACUAUACUGAUUGGUGCUGUCUUCCUUGGUUAUGUCAUCCCUGUGGUGACCAUACUUGUGUGUUACUCUGUCUUGUGCACCAAACUGCAUCUCGUAGCCAAGAAUAACCAUUUGACAGAAAAGUCUGGCCGGAGCCGCAAGGCCAUUGGUGUGAUCUGCUGUGUAUCCCUGGUGUUUGUUGUCUGCUACAGCCCCUAUCAUAUUGAUCUACUGCAGUACAUGAUCCGCAAGCUGACGUCGCGCCCUGACUGCGCUGAACUCACAGCCUUUCAGGUGUCCCUGCACGUCACUGUGUGUCUGAUGAACCUCAACUCCUGUUUGGAUCCUUUUAUUUACUUCUUUGCCUGUAAGGGCUACAAGAGGAAACUUCUGAGGCUGCUGAAGCUACAGGUCAGCAUAUCCUUCUCCAGUGCAGUGAAGACAUCACCUGACGAAUCCUCUAAGGAUGCUAUCGAAUGCAACAAGAUCCAAUUCAACAGUUCUACUAUAGGUACAACGAGUGAGAGACUCACUGAAAGGAGAGGACUGCGCCAUGAGUAAAUGAAUGUAAUGACACACCAACAGUUACACAUGAUGAAGGACCUUUUACAUCACGAUGUGGUUCAGGCUUAAGGCAGAGACUCCAGGAAGCAGACCUUCAGCUCUUCUGGACCAAAUUAGCUUAUUCAAGGAUUCAAGGAGCUUUAUUGUCAUUUCACACAUGUAGAAACAUGAGGUGGAACGAAAUUAGUUUCCCCGGUCCCGGUAUCAAAAGAUCCUCGACAGGAGAACUCUGGAGGAAGGACAGGAGGAAUUUGAAGAAGGAAAAUACAGCACUUCCUGAGUUUAUGUAUUUACUAAUUAACCUUAGAGAAUUACUCAGAAAAGUAGAGAUUAGUGCAGCUAAGAGAAGAAAGAUAGAUGCUGUCUCCUGCCCAUAGGCUGAGUAUUUGAUGAGAGCAUGUUGGAAGUGGACGAUCAGAUGAUUGGCAGACUGAGAGCUGAAAGAGACAUUGACAGAAAGUGCUCUCAUGUACAGCUUGUGAAAAGUUAUAUUCUUAAAAGCAGUAUGCUAGCCUGAAUAUAUUUGAAAGCAGCAAUUUAAUAUUUGAAACCGAAUAAUGACAGUGUUACUCUCAGCGUUGAACUGAGAUGUUGAGCUGGAAGUAGAUAUGAGCUCAGACUCAAACUCUCAGGUUUUGUUUCCCUCAAGUUUCAGUUCAGCACACAAUUGUGUCUCAGGAAAAUGGAUGAACUGUACACUUACUAUCUCACCUGCCUGCUAACUAAUUAACUUUAAUUUCUUUGCAAAGCACCACAGAUUUGUCUGCUUAAACUUUAAUUUCCUUGCAAUAAAAGUGGAUGGGGUCUGUGAUGUUGUUUAAUCUACAGGGACUCUGUGGAGCUUUCUUGUAAACAAACAAAAGCUAUGCUUGGAUUCAGUGUUACUCACAAUAAUGCAUUGUGUGUGCUCUUGAGGUUUAACAAACAUGUCGAGUGUAUUUCACUCAUAAAACAUUUGCGAAGCUCAGUUUGUAAGUAUUUGAAAUCCAGCUUUGUGUUACAAGCUUGCAGUGUUCUUACUGCAGUGUUCUUACAUCCUUCCUACUUGUCUGUUGCACUGCUGCAAAUCUUGCUGUGUUACAACCAUUUGUAGAUCAGUGCAGCAGUGUGAAUCCAUUGGCAGGAAUGUAUAAUUGCAUCAUUUAUGUGCAUGCUGACAAGAUGAGCAAAACAAGAACCUGCUCGUCAAAAAGUAGCUCUGUGGCUCUGUUGGAGGUCUAAAACUCCACAGUGCAACCUAAGUAGGCUGUAGAUUCUUAUUUUUGAAAUGUUGCCAAAGUAUUAUUUAGCAUUUUUGCUGUUUAGGUUUUAAUAUUUUUUGAGAUAACGGUGACAAAAUGCAUAUGAAUAUCAGGUGUCAUUUCAUUGGUCCAGAAAGCUAGGUCUGUUGAUAUAUUUAAGUUAUCAGAGGAUAAGGUUUUAUUUGCAAAAACAAUAGAUCGGUUAUCCAUUUUGGCUUUUUCUUUUUUUUGUUUUAGUUAAGACAGCAAAGGAAUGUAGCGGGUAUAAACUGUAAUGUCUGCUCUUCCAGCCUCUUCUCUAUACCUCCAAAUAUCCCUCUCAGCUCAUAAAAACAAAUAAAUAUUUGUCUGUAAAAUGAUUCAGUCUUUAGAGUUGUUGAAGAUUUUCAAACAAUCAAAAUGUUUCACUUCACAUUUUCUAUUUUUGUUAUCAGAUUUAAUAAUAAUUUCAUGUAACCUUAAGCCCUGGACUUCCUGCUGCACUCAGUAUCCUCAUUGUUCAACUUGAUCUACUGGUUAUAUAAUUAUUUUUUUCUCGCACAUCAUUUGUGCUCAGGCACACCAAAUUGGCCUGCUUACAGUGAACCAUUUUUUGUCUCAUCCAUUUCUCCACUUAGAAGGCCAUGGAAUCAUUUUUGUAACCUGGAUCCCACAGCUGCAGUUAGAAAAUCCAUUACUGUAUAAUUUAAAUGUUUGGCUUUAAUGAAUACAUUCACACAUAACUUAUCCCAAUUUAAAUAUUAAAAAAACAAACCAAAAAAAACAAAAAAAACAGCACAACUGUAUCAUGGCUAAGGCGUGGUAAAAUUUAAACAAGGCGUAAAACAGGGGUUAACAGAGGUACAUGGCUGCCGUUUACCAAGGAGUGCUUGCAUGUGAGUGUGUGAAAAUGUGUGCAGAUGUGUGAGAUGUGAAAGCACAAGUGCGCCUUUUGUUAAAAAGUCUGUCAAAACAAAACUGUUUAUACUUCUUUAUUUUUAUUGUGUAGAUGUCAGUGCUGCUGGGUGAUGCGCAUUAUGGAGCUUUAUUAUGUGUUGCCAAGAUGUUCUUUUGAUGUUAAAUUGGCACGUGAAACAAAUAAAACAAAUUUCGGUUGUUCUUGAGA